CCUUAUCGUUCUCCUGAGGAUGCGCGUUGCUCCCCUCGCCGCCCAAUAAAAGUGAAAAAUCUCCCCGCCAAUUUCAUCGUCUCCUGUUUCGAUUCUUCGACUUGAAGCUCGCUGUUUGUUCGUAAUUUCCCUAGUUCUCGACAGGCGACAGGGAUCUGCAAUUACGUUCUCUUAGUUCCCUCUGAAUUCAGCUUUUCUUUGUCUGUUUUUGCUCAGCAAUAGCUCGGAGUUUCUUCAGCUUCGGAAAUGUCGGAAGCAACGAGCGCAGCGAUGGAAUCUUCAGACAAUGGGACUGAUUUGUCUCAGGAUGAUACCGGCGGUGUCAAGGAGACACAUGAGGAGACGAUUUUAUCGCAACAAACCUCAGUGAACCUUGUUCCCUACGUGGGACAAAGGUUUGUGUCUCAGGAUGCGGCAUAUGAAUUCUAUUGCAGUUUUGCGAAGCAAUGUGGUUUCUCAAUCAGACGCCAUAGAACCAGAGGGAAAGAUGGAGUUGGUCGAGGAAUCACACGGAGAGAUUUUACGUGUCACAGAGGCGGGUAUCCUCAGAUGAAGCCAUCGGAGGAUGGGAAGAUGCACAGGAAUAGGAAAUCGUCUCGUUGUGGGUGUCGAGCAUAUAUGAGGAUAGUUAAACGUGCAGAUUUCGAUGUUCCAGAAUGGCGUGUAACCGGUUUUAGCAAUGUUCAUAACCACGAGCUUCUGAAAUCAAAUGAAGUUCGACUUCUUCCUGCUUAUUGUACAAUGAGCCAGGAUGACAAGACGAGGAUUUGUAUGUUUUCAAAAGCUGGGAUGUCGGUUAGGCAAAUGUUGAGGCUGAUGGAGCUGGAGAAAGGCCUAAAGUUAGGAUCUUUGCCCUUUACGGAAGUAGACGUGAGAAACUUCCUACAGUCUUUCAGAAAUGUCGGGCAUGAUUAUGACCCUGUUGAUCUUCUCGCAAUGUGCAAGAGAAAAAAGGAUGAGAAUCCAUGUUUCAGAUACGACUUUAAAUUGGACGGCCAUAGUAGGGUGGAGCAUAUUGGGUGGUGCUAUGCUUCAUCAGUUCAGCUUUACGAGUCAUUCGGUGAUGCAGUACUUCUUGACACCACUCAACGUUUGGAUUCUUAUGAUAUGCUCUUGGGCGUUUGGAUUGGCAUGGACAAUUUCGGGGCAACUUGUUUUUUUGGCUGUGUACUUUUACGAGAUGAGAGCAUUGAAUCUUUUUCCUGGGCAUUGAAGACGUUCCUUGCUUUCGUGAACAGCAAAGCUCCACAGACGCUGCUAACCGACCACAAUAUCAAGUUGAAGGAGGCCAUUGCCACUGAAAUGCCCGAAACAAAACACGCUAUUUGCGUUUGGCACAUCAUCGCAAGAUUCUCCGACUGGUUCUCUACUCUGCUCGGAUCACAUUACGAUGAUUGGAAAAAGGAGUUUUAUCACCUCUAUAGUCUGGAAUCUGUGGAAGAAUUCGAAGCACAAUGGAAAGAUGUGAUCAGUAAGUAUGGACUUCAUGGAAAUAAGCAUGCCUCGAGCUUGUAUGCUUUACGGUCUUAUUGGGCUUUACCGUUCUUGAGGCGCUAUUUCUUUUCCGGGUUACUAAUUUCAUGGCAAACUGAGACUGUUAGUGGUUAUAUUCAAAGGAUUUUGAGCGCUCAGACAUGUUUGGAUCAGUUCGUAGAUCAGGUGUCUGAAAUUGUAGAAACAACAGAUCGAGGUGGAACAACAAAACAGAAAUCGCAGAAGAAAUCUCAGAAGUUGUGCAUGAAAACCGGUUCGCCCAUUGAAUGUCAUGCCGCUUCUGUUCUUACACCAUAUGCUUUCACUAAACUCCAAGAAGAGCUUCUCUUAGCUCCACAAUAUGCGUAUCUUCUCAUCGAGGAGGGGUGUUUUCAGGUCAGACACCACACCCAGUUGGAAGGUGGCUGCAAAGUGAUAUGGUUACCUUGUCAAGAGCACAUCAGCUGUAGCUGCCAUCAUUACGAAUUCUCUGGCAUCCUCUGUAGACACGUUCUUCGUGUCCUGUCCAGUAAUAACUGUUUCCAAAUUCCAGACCAGUAUUUGCCUGUUCGGUGGAGAGUUAACCCCUUCAAGCCAUCUGCAAAGGACCACUCUGAGAGAAUUCAAAUGCUAGAGUCCAUGACUUCGAAGCUUCUGUCAGAAUCGAUUGAGUCAGAGGAACGUCUGGAUUUUGCUUGCGAGCAGAUGGGGAUGGUGCUCUCUCGUGUUAAAAACCUUUCUCCGCCCGUUCAACGUGCAACCGAUAUUACUUGUAGCUGCCCAUCAGACUCUCUGAUUCUGCCCGAGAUGGAUGAUGCUGAUGGAAUCCACAGUUAUGCUAUGGGAAAUUUCCAUGAUCCCGCAACGUUGGGGAAGCUUAAAGAUAGAAGGUUAAGAGAUGGCGGUGAUGUAAGCAGAAGGCGAAAACCGUUCUCUGGAGCUUGUUAUGGGCAAUAUGGGCAUGAUUUAUCUCAUUGCCAACUGUUGGGAAGUGAUAGUUUGAAUGGAGAUGCACUUGGGUAUCUCUAGAGGUAAAAACAAAACAAAAAACUGAACAAAGUAACCUUGUAUAAAUCCGAGAUCUUGCAUGAUAUGUGCAAAAGCCUUGUCAUAACGGCGAAAGACUGCUUGCCAGCUUCAUAAACAUUUGCGAGCAGAUGCUCGAGUACUCGGUGGGCAUUUCUACUGUUUACAAGACGAAAUCCCCAUCUUUUGCAGAGAGAGUUUUGGCAAUGGUGUGGCAUGAGGAACAAAAGAAAGGUAGCAGAAGCAGAAGCAGAAGGAGAAGGAAGCAGAAGGAGAAGGGUGUUGUUCCUGAGAAUGGUGUGGAUGUAAUGUAGGUAAUACAAAAGCUAGUGAAUUCACAUACAUACAUACAUACGUAUGCAUAUAUGUAUGGAAGAAGCCUUUGAGUGUGUGAAAUGUGAUGACGUGGUAAGAAUCCAUUUCUGGAA